CAGAGUUCGAGGAGCGCCGGCCGGAGCGCAUCUGGAGGGGCCGUGCGGUCUCCACCAGCGGCCGCAGGACCGCGGAGCAGCUCUACCUUGCCCGCCCGCUCGCCGGCGCGCUCGCACACCCGAUCUCCGCCGCGUGCCAGGGCGCAGCGCGUGGAGCGCCUGCCUCGCUUGGUCCCCUCUAGCGUCACCAUGCUGCCGCCGCAGCUGUGCUGGCUGCCGCUGCUCGCCGCGCUGCUCCCGCCUGUGCCUGCGCAGAAGUUCUCGGCGCUGACGUUCUUGAGAGUCGAUCAAGACAAAGACAGAGACUGCAGCCUGGACUGCCCAAGCUCCUCUCAGAAGCCCCUCUGUGCCUCCGAUGGGAGGACCUUCCUGUCCCGAUGUGAGUUCCAGCGGGCCAAGUGCAAAGAUCCGCAGCUGGAGAUCGCCCACCGUGGGAACUGCAAAGAUGUGUCCAGGUGUGUGGCUGAGAGGAAGUAUACCCAGGAGCAGGCCCGGAAGGAGUUCCAGCAAGUGUUCAUCCCAGAAUGCAACGAUGACGGCACCUAUAGUCAGGUCCAGUGUCACAGCUACACGGGUUACUGUUGGUGCGUUACACCAAACGGAAGACCCAUCAGUGGCACCGCUGUGGCCCACAAGACACCCAGGUGCCCCGGUUCAAUAAAUGAAAAGUUACCCCAGCGGGAAGGUGCAGGAAAAGCAGUCUCCUUGCAAAUCUUUUCCGUUCUGAAUUCAGAUGAUGCUGCAGCCCCAGCAUUGGAGACUCAGCCCCAAGGAGAUGAAGAAGAUAUUGCAUCUCGUUAUCCUACACUCUGGACUGAGCAAGUUAAAAGUCGGCAGAACAAGACCAAUAAAAAUUCAGCCUCCUCCUGUGACCAGGAGCAUCAGUCGGCUCUCGAGGAAGCCAAGCAGCCCAAGAACGACAACGUAGUGAUCCCUGAGUGUGCGCAUGGCGGCCUCUACAAGCCAGUUCAGUGCCACCCGUCCACCGGUUACUGCUGGUGUGUGCUGGUGGACACUGGGCGGCCCAUUCCUGGGACCUCAACAAGGUACGAGCAGCCCAAGUGUGAUAAUACAGCCAGAGCCCACCCAGCGAAGGCCCGGGACCUCUACAAGAACAGGCCACUGCAGGGUUGUCCUGGUGCCAAAAAGCACGAGUUUCUGACAAGUAUCCUGGAUGCACUCUCUACAGACAUGGUUCAUGCUGUUUCUGACCCUUCUUCCUCCUCUGGCAGGCUGUCAGAGCCAGACCCCAGCCACACCCUGGAGGAGAGGGUCGUGCAUUGGUACUUCAAGCUGCUGGAUAAGAACGCUAGUGGAGAUAUUGGCAAGAAGGAAAUCAAGCCCUUUAAGAGGUUCCUGCGAAAGAAAUCCAAGCCCAAAAAGUGUGUGAAGAAGUUUGUGGAAUACUGUGAUGUGAACAAUGACAAGUCCAUUACUGUGCAGGAGCUGAUGGGUUGCUUGGGUGUCACCAGAGAGGAGGGUAAAGCCAACACCAGGAAGCGUCACACCCCCAGAGGAAAUGCUGAAAGUACAUCUCAUCGACAGCCCAGAAAACAAGGAUGAAUGGCUGACUAUCCAAGGCAUGUUCCUAGACAUGUGGGAAUCUCCCUCACCAAAGAGCUAUUAAAAAUGAAAAACAUAUAGUAUUUGCACUUUGUACUUUAAAUGUAAAUUCACUUUGUAGAAAUGAGAUAUUUAAACAGACUGUUUUGAUCUGUGAAAAUGGAAGGCUGGCUUCGGGAAAUUAAUCACAUACAAUGUAUGUGUCCUUGUUUGACCUUAAAGAUCUGUGCCGGUGGGGAUGGGUUUUGAAUGCAUUUCAAGUUCACUCCCUUGUCCGUCUGUGGAGGGCCUGGUUUAUACCCUGGCCCUUUCCUCUGCCUGCAGUCUCUGUUGGCUUGUUCCCAGUGCUCUUGAUACAAGCCAGAAGACUAUCCUAUCCUUAGAAGUUUGCAGGGCCAUGCAGUUCCCAUGCAUGGUCACCUGGUCUGGGGUUGCCUGUUUCAUGAGGUUUUUCUGUCUAGAGAUGUCCCGUCACUCACACCCUGGUCACACAGGCACCAGCUCGAGCACAGCCGUGACUUCUAGUAUCCCCUGGUUGAGGCUGUGCUGUUAGGUUCCGUCAGGCUCCACUCCAAGCUUCUCCUUGAGUUUUGCCUCUGCUUGAGCCAAUCCUGCUGUUAAUCUCCAGGGAGCUGAAUGGGCAGAGCACCAGAGGGUCCUCCUUCAGAGAGGACACCGAACGCUGGCAGACUGGCUCAGCACCCAGCCCUCCUGCCUCUCUUCCAAGUGACUGUUCCAUCCUGCUGUGGCCCUCCAUAGGGUCUCCUGGAAGGGAAAAAUGUCUUCUGCAGAGAUCAUGGACCACAUCCUGGGGAAGACACAGCUAGACGACAUCAUGCCAAGAGUCCUGAACAACAGGCAGCUAAGAAAGUCACUUAUGAGGGGAUUCAUCCAAGGCCCUUGUGGGAUGAAGGUUAGGAGCUGGAUGCCCACACUGUGGGAGACUGGCCUGGUCUGUGUGUGGUUGGCUGCCAUUCUCAGACCUGGACUCUAGGUCAAUCUGUACUCACUGCUCUCAAGACACAAUUGCAGAUGAGGGAGAGCUGGGACAAUUCUCUCAGAUGGGCUUCUAUAUGGAAGACUGUUCAUGGCCCCCAGCCUCUCAGUGUAUGUCUGUGGAUGUGCACACACACUCCAAAAGGCCUUUGCUUAUUCGAACUGUGUAGAGGUAAGAUCUGACCAGCUCACAUGCAUGUCAAUAUUGUCUACAAAAAAAAGUAUGAUCCCAACUGUUUUGGAUAAUCUUUUAUAUUUCUGAACCCCGAAUUUAAUCAUUUUUAUUAGAUUAAAUAUGCUACUAAAACUGUA